CCUCACUCCUAUAGUCCUAUUACUGUAUGUAUUUUUGUCAUCUCUCUGGAAAUAAACCACACUACACUACACUACACUCUAAAAGAUAAGACGCAAACUGAGCUGAGCUCAAAGUGUUCUGCUCUCCCUCACAGGUCACAAUGCAACUCCUCUUCGUCACCCACAUUUUUCUAGUCUCACUCUCAACGCUCACUGUUACUUCAGAUCUUAGCACUGACAGAGCAGCUCUUCUGGCUCUGCGCUCAGCUGUUGGCGGCCGUACUCUACUCUGGAACACCACCCAGCUAACCCCAUGUCAAUGGACUGGCGUUCAUUGUGACCAGAACCAUGUUGUGGCUCUUCGUCUUCCCGGAGUUUCACUUUCCGGUCAGCUUCCGGUGGGUGUUUUCGGGAACUUGACCAAGCUCAAGACUAUUAGUCUUCGCUACAAUGCGCUUACCGGAGAGCUUCCGGAGGAUCUUAAGGAGUGUAGGGUGCUGAGGAAUGUUUAUUUGCAGGGAAAUGGAUUUUCCGGCGAGUUGCCGGAAUUUCUGUUUGGGCUUGGGAGUGUUGUGAGGUUAAAUUUGGGGGAGAAUAAUUUUUCUGGGGAGAUUUCAGAUGGGUUUAAUAGGAUGACCCGGUUGAGGACUUUGUAUCUUGAGAGGAAUAUGUUUUCGGGUUCAAUUCCGGAUCUUGGGAAAUUGAGGCCUCAUUUGGAACAGUUUAAUGUUUCGUUUAAUCGGCUUAACGGCUCGAUUCCGGAGAGUUUAAGGGAAAUGCCUCUGAGUUCUUUUCUUGGGAAUAAUUUGUGUGGUAGUCCUUUGAAAGAGUCUUGUGUGGGUAGUAAGAAUGGGAGCAAUGUAGAUGGUGCUCUUGCGGGGAUUGUGAUGGGAAAUGACAAGAAGGAUGAUAAUGGGGGUUUAUCGGGUGGUGCUAUAGCGGGUAUUGUGAUUGGUUCUGUGUUUGCAGUUUUGUUGCUUCUUCUGGUUUUGUUUGUUUUUUGUCGAAAGAAGAGGAGUAAGAAGACUAGUUAUGGUGAUGUUGUGACAGUUAAGGAGAGUCGGGAGGCGGUGGAUGUGAAAAAUGGUGAGACUGAUGGUGGGAAAGGGGAUGGGGCUUCGGUUGCUGCAACGAGUAUGAGUAUGGGAGAAGUGGAGAGUGGGAAUGGGGGGAAGAAGCUGGUGUUUUUUGAGAAUAGUGUGAGGAAGGAUAAGGUGUUUGGUUUGGAUGAUUUGUUGAGGGCUUCUGCCGAGGUUUUGGGUAAAGGGACGUUUGGGACAGCGUAUAAGGCUGUUUUGGAGGGAGGGAUUGUAGUGACUGUCAAGAGGUUAAAGGAUGUGAUUAUUUCCGAGCAAGAGUUUAAGGAGAAGAUUGAAGCAAUUGGAGCUAUGGAUCAUGAGAAUUUGGUUCCUCUUAAGGCUUAUUAUUAUAGUGUCGAUGAGAAGCUUCUAGUGUACGAUUAUAUGUCGAUGGGGAGUCUAUCUGCAAGUCUUCAUGGAAACAAAGGAGCUGGUAGGACUCCUUUAAAUUGGGAAUUCAGGUCUAAGAUUGCUCUCGGAGCUGCCCGAGGCAUUGAAUACCUGCAUUCUCAAGGUCCCGAUAUCUCCCAUGGCAACAUUAAAUCAUCAAACAUCCUCAUCACCCAGUCCAACGAUUCUUGUAUCUCAGAUUUUGGACUAGCCCGCCUUGUCGGAGCCUCAGCCAGUCCCACCCGUAUUGCUGGUUAUCGGGCCCCUGAGGUAACCGACUCUCACAAAGUCUCUCAGAAGGCUGAUGUGUAUAGCUUUGGUGUAUUACUUCUGGAACUUCUAACUGGAAAAGCUCCCACUCACACCCUCUUAAAUGAAGAAGGUGUAGAUCUUCCUAGAUGGGUACAAUCAACAGUUAGAGAGGAAUGGACUGCAGAAAUAUUUGAUAUUGAGCUCCUCAGAUCCCAGGACAGCGAAGAAAAAAUGGUUCAGUUAUUGCAGCUAGCGAUAGAUUGUGCAGCCCAGUUUCCUGAUCAGCGGCCUACAAUGUCAGAAGUUACCAAGCAGAUUGAGGCGCUAUGUCAAACACAGGUUCUUGAGACUCAAAAUCCAGAGCCUUGAUCUUUUAGGCUUUUGUAGGAAUCAGUCUACGGGAUUUGUUCCAUCUCAAGGCAUGUCGCCAUUUUCAUUGAGAGUAAAUCUAUCAGUUAUGUACUUGUCUUUGCGUUAAGUAGUAGCAUACCUUUUGUGUAUUUAACCUUAGGUUUCAUUUAUUUUAAGGUCUAUGGUCUUCAUUGUAAGAGUAGUAUGUUCUGAAUGAAUCAUGAUCAUAGUUAAUUUUAUCA